AUGUCUACUAUAGAAGUGGCAGAUGUCCAACUGGAUGUCUACUUUGCAGAGUUCAUUCCACCAGAAAUUUUUGUUACAAAUAAAGCUAGGCGUGUUAUUGAGAUUGCUUUGGAACUAACUGUGAAUUUCAUCAUUUCUUUGCUGGGAAUUUUCACAAACAUCAUUGUCAUUAGCGUAUUUGUCAAACAAGGAUUCAAGGACAGCGUCGGGAUAUCCAUGACUGCAAUCUCUAUGUGGGAUCUCAUUAAAUGUCUUGGUGGCUUUAUGCAGCGAUGCUAUGGUCCAAUCAGUUUGUUUGAUCCAGCCGCUGCAUUCAGCUGGUCAAACAUAAGUGUGGUAAUAUUCAACUAUCUGGGUUCCUUCUCUACAUACGUCACCAGCGUCCUUGCUGCGUACGUCGCCGUCGAGCGUUGUUUAUGCGUCACCAUGCCUCUAAAGGUCAAAUGGCUUCUGACACCAAAAUUAGCUCUAAUAAUAUGCACCGUUAUUUCCGUUUCCGUGUUUGGAUACUUUGCGGUAAUCUUCGGCAUUUACGAUGUAGUCUGGGUGUAUAACAGUAACUUUAACACCAGGGUUGCUAUAUACAAGUAUAACCGUUUUUCCCAAAACAACACCAACUUGUUUUACUACUACAACAUGUCCGGUGCUUUGUGGCCUCUCGCCAGCCUCGUUGUAAUCGUAAUCUCUACCGUUAUCAUCUCUUACAAGCUCAAAGAAGCUUCCAAAUUUCGGCUCACCCAUAAAGAAGUGGCAGCUGGUGCAGUCAAUAACGCAAGCAUUGAAAAGGACAACAAAGGUUUGAACACAAGACCUUCCAAACUUUUAUCCAAGCGUGACCAGCAAGUGGUGAAGAUGCUUCUUGUCAUUAUAGUUAUAUUUAUCGUCAACUUGGUUCCUCGAGUUGCCCAUUACCUGGCCAAAUACUUCAUCCCGGAGUUCUACUACCUCAGACAGUAUCACAACCUCAUUACUGUCAUGGCGUAUGUGGUGUUUACAUUUGAUUUUCUCAACGGUUCUGUUAAUCUGUUUGUCUUCUUAGCCAUGAGCUCCUCGUUCAGGUCAACUUACAUCGAGAUGUUUCCGUUUUGCUUCUCCGUUAAACCUCAGUAA